AUGAUAGCUCCCUGUGUUUUACCUGUUCAUCCAUCUUCUACUCCUUCACCUUGCUUUCACUCUAAAGUUGGAAAGCAAUGGUCUCAGAGAUUUGCCUUGAGUGUAAGGCCAAUGCAGCCUAAGAGGUUUUCAGGUGCCUGCAGAGUGAGAUCAACUUUGGGUGAUUCUGAUAAAUCAAUUGGAAUUCCCCGCCAGUGGUACAAUGUAAUUGCAGAUCUUCCAAUAAAACCACCUCCACCAUUGCAUCCUCAGACUUUUGAACCAAUCAAACCAGAUGACUUGUCACCCCUUUUUCCUGACGAGUUAAUCAGACAAGAGAUAACCAGUGACAGAUUCAUUGACAUACCAGAUGAAGUUCUUGAUGUCUACAAGCUUUGGCGCCCAACCCCUCUCAUUAGAGCCAAGAGGCUGGAAAAGCUUCUUGAUACCCCAGCUAGGAUUUACUACAAGUAUGAAGGAGUAAGCCCUGCAGGAUCACACAAACCGAACUCUGCUGUGCCACAAGCCUGGUAUAAUUUACAAGAAGGUGUCAAGAAUGUUGUGACAGAAACUGGUGCUGGACAGUGGGGAAGUGCAUUGGCCUUUGCAUGCAGCAUAUUUGGCCUUGGAUGUGAGGUGUGGCAAGUACGCGCUUCUUAUGAUUCAAAACCUUAUCGGAGGUUGAUGAUGCAAACAUGGGGUGCAAAAGUACACCCUUCUCCGUCUAUGAUCACUGAGGCAGGUCAGAGAAUGCUUCAAGCGGAUCCAUCAAGCCCAGGAAGUUUAGGCAUAGCCAUAUCAGAAGCUGUGGAGGUUGCUGCUAAAAAUGAUGAUACCAAGUACUGCUUGGGGAGUGUACUCAACCAUGUUUUACUCCACCAGAGUGUUAUAGGAGAAGAGUGCAUCAAACAAAUGGAAGCUAUUGAUGAAACCCCAGAUGUCAUUAUAGGAUGUACUGGUGGUGGCUCCAACUUUGCAGGACUAAGUUUUCCAUUCCUUAGAGAGAAGCUGAAGAAGAAAAUAAAUCCUGUUAUUAGAGCAGUUGAACCUUCAGCAUGCCCUUCAUUAACAAAGGGGGUGUAUACAUAUGAUUAUGGUGAUACAGCAGGGAUGACUCCAUUGAUGAAAAUGCACACACUUGGACACGACUUUGUUCCAGAUCCAAUUCAUGCUGGGGGGUUGCGUUACCACGGUAUGGCACCUUUGAUCUCCCAUGUUUUUGACUUGGGUUUAAUGGAAGCAAUUGCACUACCACAAACAGAAUGUUUUCAAGGUGCUAUACAGUUUGCCAGGACAGAAGGGUUGAUACCAGCUCCUGAACCAACUCAUGCCAUAGCUGCAACCAUUAGGGAAGCUAUUCGUUGCAGGGAAACAGGAGAGGCCAAGGUUAUUCUGACAGCAAUGUGUGGACAUGGUCAUUUUGACCUGCCAGCUUAUGAAAAAUAUUUGCAAGGUAACAUGGUUGACCUCUCAUUCUCAGAGGACAAGGUGAAGGCUUCACUAGCCAAAAUUCCUCAAGUGAUUCCUUGA